GUUUGUUAUACUGACGUGUUAACAGUAGGUAGUUUACUAUACAGCAGUAUUUUUAGAGGGUUAAUUUAUUUCAUUUCCAUUUGAUAGAGCUACGACUUUAGCAAUAUAUUAUGUGAGAAAAAAAUACAAAAGAACAUGCGAUUUUUGUUCUGCUGUGGAUAAACUAAAAACUUGUAAUCCAAGGAGAUGAAAAUUUAUACUCAAUAUCCUUAACUAACAUGAAUGUAAAGCUGCUAUCAGCAAAAUGAAUAAACUAAAAUACGCCAUAUUAACUUCAAAUUAGUUUUUUGGGAGUUAUGAUAUAUACAUGUCCAUAUAAAUCAUUUGAUUAAUAAGAGAGGUAAAAAUAUUCUUAUUUGUUUGUUAUGUUCAUAGAAAAUCAUGUUCCAUAAUAUAAGAAAUUAGAUAAGAUUAAAAUUUACAAUGAAUAAUGUUCAUGUUUUGUAUACAAGUAAAGUGAGGUUAAAGGUGGGAGGAGUGGAGGACUUUAUACGCAUACACCCUGACCAACAUGGACGAGGAGCUGCCGUUCAAAGCCGAGUACGCCAAAAGUGGCCGUGCUUCAUGCCGAGGAUGCAAGCAAAACAUCGCCAAAGAUUCCCUGCGACUUGCAGCGAUGGUGCAGUCGCCUAUGUUUGACGGGAAGGUGCCUCACUGGUAUCACCAAAUGUGCUUCUUUGGGAAGCAGCGCCCCAAGACUGUUGCUGACAUCGCUCAUUUUGACUCAUUGAGAUGGGAAGACCAGCAGAAAAUCAAAGCCAAAGUGGAAAGUGGUGGAGGAGGUGGAGCACCAGCAAGUACAGGUAGUUCAGGUGGCAAGAAAGGCAAGAAGGGUAAGGGAGCUGCCAACCCUGGAUUGAAUGAUUACACAAUGGAAUAUGCAAAAAGUGGAAGGGCAAAAUGCAGAGGCUGUGAGAACAACAUUUUGAAGGGUGAAGUGAGGAUCAGCAAAAAAGACUAUGAUGAUGAACGUGCCCGAAUGUACGGGCCAGUUGACCGUUGGCACCACGUUGAUUGUUUUGUCAAAAAACGAACCGAACUUGAAUUUUAUGAUGGUGGUGAAGAUAUACCAGGCUUCUUCACCCUUUCUGCAGAUGACAAGAAGAUUAUAAAGGAGAAGUUGAAGAAAAUUACAGUAAAACGUAAAUCUGAGGAUGAACCUGAUGCCCCUACCAAAAAGAUCAAAACAGAGGAAGAGGAAGUGAUACGCAAACAAAACAAGAUAAUGUUCCAGCACAGAGAUGCAUUGUCCAAUGUUCUUAACAAGAAGCUGCUUUCCAUCAUUCUGGAGGACAAUGAACAGUAUAUACCAAAAGGUGAAAGUAAGAUGCUGGAGGUUAUAGUUGACAUUAUGGCCUUUGGAGCUCUUGAGCCCUGUGAGGUCUGUCACACUGAAGGUUUCAUGUAUGAGUCUGGCAAAGGUUAUGUGUGUCACGGCAACCUGACGGAGUGGACGAGGUGCACCAACAUUGUGAAGGAACCAAAGCGGCGUCCCUUCAAGGUGCCUCAGGAGCUGAAGGAGAAGAUUCCUUACUUUUCGAAAUACAAGUUUCCUGGAAUUGGAAAGAGGGUGUGGAUAGACCAUGGACCAACUAGUGCAGCAAUGUCCAAGAAGAAGGAAAAUGGAGCUGCAGCAUCUGAUCCAAACAAGCCAUUGGAAGGAAUGAAGUUUGCAAUCAUAGGGAAGAAGUUCUCAAAAGACAAGAAGGCCCUGAAGGAGAAGGUGCAGGAGCUGGGUGGAGAAGUAGUAAAAAAGGUUACAAAGGAAACUGCUGCCGUUAUAACCACUCCAGAUGACAUUGGUGGAACAGAUAAAUACAUUGCCCAAGCCCAGUCCCUCGAUGUGCACUGUGUAAGCGAGGACUUCCUGGAAGAGGUGGAGAAGGGAGGAGCCAUGCUCAUGAUACCAAAGAAGAGUAUUGCCUCAUGGGGAGGGAAUGUUCAGGAUAGAGUUUUCCCAACUAAGUCUUCAAAAGCUGAGUCUCGCUUCACCAAGAGCAUACCUGAUAAACAGAAAAUCAAGUUGAAGGGAGGAGCUGCAGUUGAUCCAGAUUCUGGCUUGGAUGAUGAGGCCCAUGUUUACCAGAGAGGAAGCAAGCUGUACACUUGUGUGCUGGGUAUGGUAAACAUCAUGAAAGGAACGAACUCCUAUUACAAGUUGCAAGUUUUGGAAGGUGACAAAAAGAAUAGGUGGUGGGUGUUUCGUUCCUGGGGCCGUAUUGGCACUACUAUCGGUAACAACAAGUUGGAGGAGACAGAGGAUCCUAAUGAUGCUGUGAGUCAGUUUGAGGCACUGUAUGAGGAAAAGACAGGCAACCGUUUCUCAGCCAAGGAAUUCAAGAAAGUGCCGGGCUGUUGGUUCCCCUUGGAUAUUGACUACGGCCAGGAGGAAGAGACUGCUCCCAAGCUUUUGGCAGCAGGAUCCAAAAGUAAGCUGCCUAAGCCUGUGCAGGAGUUGGUGACACUGAUCUUUGAUGUAGACACCAUGAAGAAAUCCCUUGUGGAAUUUGAGAUUGACACAAAGAAAAUGCCACUUGGAAAGCUGAGCAAAAAGCAAAUUGAGAGAGCUUACCGUGUUCUCUCGGAGGCUUUGGACUUUAUGGGGAAACUGGAUAAGAAACCAGCUGGGGAUGAAGAUGAGGCAGGUGCAUCUUCACAAGCAGCAGUGAAUGCCCAGUUACUUGACUGCUCCAACAGGUUCUACACACUCAUUCCUCAUGAUUUUGGAAUGAAAACUCCACCUCUUCUAAAUGAUCUUGAACUAAUUAAGACUAAGAUUGCUAUGUUGGAUAACCUGAGUGAGCUUGAGAUUGCCUACAGCCUCUUGAAAUCUGAAGAUGACGAAGACAAGGGUGCUGACCCCAUUGACAAACACUACCGCAAACUGAAGACCAAGGUGGAUGUGAUUGACAAGAGUUCUGAUGAAUUCAAGAUGAUCCAAGACUAUGUCAAGAACACACAUGCUUCCACACACUCCCACUACUCAUUGGUUGUGGAAGAGGCAUUCAAGAUUGAACGCCAGGGGGAGAAGAAACGCUACAAACCUUUCAAGCAGCUCCACAACAGGCAGCUACUCUGGCACGGUUCCCGCCUCACAAACUUUGCUGGUAUUCUUUCUCAGGGUCUUCGUAUCGCACCUCCUGAGGCACCGGUCACAGGAUAUAUGUUUGGUAAAGGUGUCUAUUUUGCUGACAUGGUUUCCAAAUCAGCCAAUUAUUGCUGCACAUCAAGGACAAACUCAACAGGGUUAAUUCUUCUCUGUGAAGUUGCACUUGGCAAUAUGUAUGAGAGACUCGGUGCAGAGUAUGUGGAGAAACUUCCCGCUAACAAGCACAGCACCAAGGGCCUGGGCCGCACGUGUCCUGACCCCAAGGCAACCAUCAAGGUGGAGGAUGGUGUGGAAGUUCCUCUUGGUAAAGGUAUCACUUCAGGUGUCAAAAACACAUCACUUCUGUAUAAUGAAUACAUCGUUUAUGAUGUUGCCCAAGUCAAUGCAAAAUACCUCCUGAAAUUAGAUUUCCAGUACAAGUAUUAAAUUUGCAGCUGCAAUUGCUGUUAUCUAUUGAUGUCUCUUGAGAAUGGGCAAGUUUUAUUUUCAGAGGAACUUAGUCUUGAUCUUUUUAUAACAGAUUUAGUAAUUUUAUUUAUAUUGUGAAUAUUUUUUCUAAAAUGUGUUACAAUCUUAAUCAUCAAGAUUUAUGCAUGAUAAGUUACCAUAAUGUUCCACUUUAUGAAUUUUCUCUGUAAUGUUUUUUGUACACUUGUACAAAUAUGUUGCUACCUCGGUAUACAUUCUUCGUCUGUUCCAGAUUCCUUGGUCUUAUAUCAAACAAAUUUUUCCCAUAAGAAUAAAGGGAAAAUUAUUAAUACAUUCCCCAAAAAUUGUAUUGUUAUUGGCACAUAAUGCAAUAUGUUGAUGGGAUCAUUUAGAGUGCGCCUUAUAAGUUCAUGUGUCUUACGAGCCAUCAGAUAUGAUAGCUUGAAUAAAUGAAAAGAUUUGACAACAGGGAGUUGCAACUUGUCUGGUAAUCAAGGGUAGCUUGAGUGACUCAUUUUGACUCAUACAAAUUCUAACACGCGAGUCAUAUUCCAAAUAAAGAUCGUAUUCCAAGCAAAGUUGUUGCAUCCAAACAAGAUAUAUAUACUAAGGUAGACUUACUCCAAAGAUGUAUACCAAGGUACUGGCAGACAUCAAUGUUUAUCAGCAAUGGAAGCUGCUUGAAAUAAAUGCCUUGAGAUUUUUGUUCUUGUCAGAUUUUUAUAAUUAUUAAUUGGUAAAUGAAACAUUCCUCUCAUGCUUAUGUCAUGUUACCUACUCAGUAAGUGCAAAUUUAAUGCCAAAAGAAGGGUCACUAAUUUCUUAUUCUAGUUUUCUUUUAAAGUCAGAAUUCUUAUUGUAGUGUUCUUUAUUGCAUCAAUAUGAACUUUUGAAUAAUAGUUUACACUUGGAAGCCAUGAUCUUGAGGUUGUCUGGCUCAAGUGCGAGAUAAGCCUUAGCAGCCUUUUGUGACAGUUUACCAUGCUGGGAACCAAAUAGUCUACAUACACUUCUUUAACACUGUGAUCUUUAGUUUGUGUAGUAUUUGUGAGUGACUAGCCAGAAACAGCCUCCUAAAUAAUAUGGAUUGCAUGUACUCGUCAAUAUUUGAAUGCCUUCUUAGUUCUUUGCAUGGUGAGCUGUCAUCAGAAAGGCAUCCGAGAUUCAUCUUAGAUUCGAAAACCAAAAGACUACACUGCGUAGCCUUUAAGGUAUGUCAGGCUAAGCUUUGUGCAUUAGCCACAAGUUCAUGUCAUAAAAUACAAUACAGCUACAUCACCUGUUUACUAGUACUUAAAGGUCCAGCACAUCCUUUUUUAACAUCAAAAUCAAAACUAAGAGCUUUGAAUUAAGGCAGCUAAUAAGUUUACUUACUAAGCAUUGUUAUGCUCUCUAAUACUUUCAUUGUUUAGACAUUUUUAUUUAUUUAUUUUAUUUUAUUUAUUUUUUUUUUUUUGGGUUUGUAAGAUUCAGUUAAUUUUUCAGAAUUGAUCCCUUCAGUAUGAUGACAUCAUGAUGUCAGUAGCAUAUACAAUGACACAUACAUAGAUGUCAUGCAUGUACUUCCAUCCUAUUUUAGUUCAUGUUGAAUUAUCUUACAUUCUGUCUAUUGACUCAUUGUUGUUGAGGUUCUAUUGUUCCUCCCACCACCCCUGUCUGCACCAAUCACAAAUGAGCUAUACCAUACAUACCCCAUCCUCUAUCCAGAAUGAGAAAGUUGCAUUAUAGCCUUUGUCAUACUUUCCCCCUUUGGUCCCUCCCUUGUCCUCUUUCUUUCCCUAUCCACCUCCUUAUUCCAUACCCAUACACAAGAUAGGGAAGACACUCCCUGCUUCUUUCACAUUCUUACAUUUUAAUUUUGUUUUUGCAUGAUAGUAUAUAUAUAUAUAUAUAUAUAUAUAUAUAUAUAUAUAUAUAUAUAUAUAUAUGUGUGUGUGUGUGUACUUUUCAUCUUUAUUUUUAUUCCUUGAGCACAUUUUUUUAUUUAAAGCACAAUGGUGUAGUGUAGUAGAAAAAAGAAUUCAUUUUUAAGAUGUAAUGCCACUUAUAACAUGUUAACUUUUUAGUAGAUAAUAAUUUGAGUUUGAAAGCACAUGAAUAUGAUAAUCAGAAAAUGGGAGAUGAAUAAUAAGUGAAUCAAUUUUCUUGAUUUAUUGUUGUUGAUUAUUAUGUUAUUACCUGGUCCUUCAAGAUGAUUAAUUCAGGAGGGUGUUGGAAUCAAAGGAGCCAGUAAACUGAAAGUGUACCUAAACCAUUCUCAUGCCACAUGUAGAUAUGCCUGUAUGUUGUAGUUUUAGCUACACGGAGCAAAGUGGCUCUCGUGACUUCACGCGUGUAGCAAGUUUAUUAAAAAAUUAAAAAGUU